GCAGAAGAAGUAAAUAUUGUAUCCACCCUGGCUACAUCGCAACAUUUUUGUUGUCGAGAAUAAUGUGCUGUACAGCCAAUGACAGCAUUGCGAAGACCAUUUAUUUGCUUGAUUAUGUUUCCGUAGUUGUUCUAUCCCGUUAUGAGUCAGGAAAAUAAGACAAUGAAUGGCGUUAACAACGCUCCAAACUCAGCUUGUGAAUUAGACACCCCCACAACUGGACAUCAUGUGAAGAUGAGCAAUGGUCAUAGUGAUGGUAGUAAUCAACUUAACAAUUGCACCAAUGUCAGUGCGAGUACGUCAUAUGGAGGUGCACGGCCUAAAACACGAGAAUUUGAUGAAAGUAGACCAAAUGGUGUCCAACAGCGACACCAAGCCACCCAGGCCUGUAUUCAAAGUGAUUUCCAAAACUUAAGGUCUGCUCAUUCUGAAGCAUCAAAUGCUGGAUCUAUUGGAGGUCUAAAUAAUCUUUCAAAUGAAUUCUCUAAAGAGACUCGGUCAACAAGAGACAUUGAAUGUCAGGCAGGACCAUCUCAAACUGUUGGUAGAUUGAAUGACAAUACUGGGUCAGAUGCUAGUCGUCUUGCAGCAGUAUGUGCUGCUUCAAGCCAAAGGGCAAUGGCUGAGCGUGCUCGAAUUGCACAGCAUGGCACAGUGAAAAGAUUGUCCACUCCUGUUGAUUCUGACAGUUCAAGUGACACAGGCAAUGAUGAUGGUCUAUCCGGUGAUGAAUGUUGCAUUUACACCUAUAAAGGUGACCAAAAUGCUGACCUCUCAAAUGGUUUAUUGGGCUUGUCAUUGCCCCAGGCCAAUGAACAUCCUGUGCUAGCACACCCUGUAAAUGAUGAACACCGCCAUGGAGCAUCAUCACCUGAAAUGGACUUUCUUGAAAUGGAUUUUGAUCCGGACCCUCUUGGAGAGCAAGAUUCUGUAGAGGAAGACAAUAUUCAGGUUGAUAUUCUGAAUAGGCCUGACCGUGUUUCAUCUUCUCCCAGUCCCAGUGCUGAAGAAGUCUCUAAUGAGCUGAGUGCACCUGCUUUGAGCCCAGAGCAUUCAAGUUCAGAAGAAGAAGGUGCAGCUGUUCUUAUGGAGAGUAGUGAUAACAGUGACAGUGAAGAAAUGGUUAAUGUUGAGCCUGAUCCUUUUGGAAUCAAUGUUGGAGCUUCAACAUCAGCUGAUAGCAUUAACAAUUUAGUCUUACCAAAAGUUCCUUCUACUGUAUCAAGGGAAAUCCUUAGAGGUCAACACAUUGCUGGUAGCCAGCUGUGUCCUGUGGAUAUAGAUGAGACACACAAACUUUCUUUCACCUCUACAAUCAAAUCCUGUCAUUCUAAUAGUGAACCUGUUUUGGAUAAACAGAAAUUUAAUUUGUACUCAGCACUCUAUCAUAGUAUAAUGGCCAACAAUUUAAUUUUAGAUGAAGAAGAAGAUGAAAAUGCUCGUUUUGGUGCUAGCACUAGUGACAAUCAAAGGGUGGCUGAGUCUUCAGGUGGAGAAAGUUGUCCUCAGAAGAAAUUGCGUCAACAGAAUGGCAGUGAAUUUCCAGAAUUAGAAAAAACUAUGAUCUGGACUGAAAGAGAAGCCUGUCACAAACAAGUUUCCCAAAUUGCAGUUUCAGCUUGUGGUGCUGCAGCUGUCAGCAAUGUUCUGAGUGCCUUGAAUAUUCCAUUUACAUUGGAGCAAGUCCAUGAUGGAGUAGCUACUCGUUUAAGAGCAGAGAAAGCUUGUCUACCCACUUACCUUUUUUCACGAGCUGCUGCUGGAGCUGCACACAAAGAUCUUAUAAGAGGUCUUGAUAUUGCCUCUGAAGGAGCUGUUUAUUCUAGAUUUUUUCACAUGUACCCAGAAAGAGUAUUCUCUUUGUCUAGAUGGCUUGCUCAUUGGAUAAAGGAGGGAGCUGUGCCAAUUGCAACACUCAACAUUCAAAGGUCGGUCAUCCAUGGAGCCACCAUACCAGAUUCUUGGCAUCAUCAAAUGAUUUUUGGUGUCAGCCAUCGGGGUAUUUACCUAACAAACCCUUUGGAAUGUGUGAGUGAAGAAAACCUUCACCCUCAGCUUUGCAGUCCAUCAGAGCUUCUUGUCAGACGGCAAGACAUUGUGUCUAGGUGGGUUCCUGAAACUGACCUAUACAGAUUGGCAAUGAGCUCUGAUAUAAGAUGGAAGCAAAUGAACGUCCUUGGUCAAGUUGUCAAUGUUCUUCGAGAGGCCAAUGCGAGACCGCCUCAUUAUCUCUUCAGACGGAAUCUUACUUCUCACAUUACAAUACCUGCAUCAUAUUGUUCUGGUAUACUACUAUCUGUGUUAAAAGACAGUCAGGCAGCCAUGCAGCUUAAAAGUGCUCCAGAAUUGCCUUUGAAAGUAUUUUGAAGAAAUUGAUCAAGCACAAGGAGCAGACCUUCAUCUGAUCUUACCACCAAAAAUGUAUUACUUUUUAGUCACUUGAAACCAUGAGACUUCCAUCUCUUAAUUGUGUGAAGGACUGAUUCAAGGGUGCCUUUUAUUGAGUUUAACGUUUUAUUUGUCGUACAUUUGCUUAAUAGUACUAUGAGUGUGUUAUACUGUGCUAUAUGUGGCAAAGAAGGUUGUGGAGUCUUCUUAAACAGUUAUGAAUUUACUGUCUGCUUGAGGCUCGGACUUUGGUCAGUUAACUCUACACCCCUUGCCAUAUAUUUAUUUUUGUUUUAAUUGUAUUAUUUUAUAUCAAUUUGCAAAUAUAUCUAUAUAUAAAAAUAUAUAUUUAUAUUUUGUUCAAGAUUGCUUCAUAAUUGAUCUUGCAAUCCCCAAAGUUUACAUCUUUAUUGAAUUGAUGUAUAUGCUCUUGAUGUACAAAGUUCUUUAGGCUUGGUGUAGCAUAAAACAAAUUGUGAUAAAACUUUAAUCUAUGUGUAUUAUGUAUCGUCAUUACCUUGUUUCUAUUGUUGAUUCUGCAUGUUUGUUCAAAUCGAGUAUCAAUUCUCUCCUUUACAUUGUCACAAAAUGUUAUUUUAAGAAUUGUAUUUGUGUAAUUUCUUGGAAACACUGUGUACCAUUUCUGUUGCAUUUCUUUUGUUUAGCAGUCAUGUUUUGAUGUAGACAUCUGAUUGUCUCUGUUGUUGUUUUUUGUUGUUGUUUUUUUUUUUCAGUUGGGCUCUGCUUUGCCCUAAAUCUUGAGUACCUACACUGAUAAACAGUUGCCUACCCCUCUCAAAUGUUAGCAUUUCUGACUGAGCAAAGAACUCUUAAAAUGUAUAAUGAUAGUGAUUGUAAUCCUCCAUUAUACUCAAGGCAAAUUUUAUUGAUACAUAGUGCCUCUAAGGUAUGCCUGAAAGUGCAAUGAUUUUUCUUGUCAGCUGUUUGACACCAUGUUGAGUCCUGUUAAAAUUAAAUUUGUCCUUGACAUGUUAAGAGGUCAUUCCUCUACUUAUAGUCUUGUUUGUUUAAAAACAUAUUAGUGACCAAUCAAGUAACUCAUCAUUAUUAUUUUGUUUACUUAUCAUACUUUGGUAAGAAGAAUCUCAAUGAAAAGAAACAGACAAACUUUUAUUUCGGUCCUUAUUUUUGUAAGUCAAACUCAUUAGAAAUCUACAAGACCUUAUAGUGAAGUUUAUCAUCUUCCCCAACUAACUGUAACUCCUAUUGUUUGACAUUUUGCAUAUUUCACCCCUGUAUAUUCAAUUGGUUCCAUUGUGCCAUGUUGGAAUUGUAAUCAAUACAAACGCAAGAUUAUGUCA